AUGCCUCUGGGGUACUGGCACUGCGACAGGAGAGGCUUCCUAGGGCCUUGGGGGGAGCUGUCCACGCUGGGCCUGAACAGUGACCCGGAGGUUGAGCUGCGUGUCCUUCAGCUGCCUGUAGAUUACAGGGAGGUGAAGCGGAGGGUCACCAGAAUCUGGGAAGACCUUCAACCGCAACUCGUUGUGCACGUAGGGCUGGACGCCUCCGCCAAGGCCAUCGUUCUGGAACAGUGCGCCAAGAACCGAGGUUACUGGGACGCCGACAUCCGGGGCUUCCGGCCCGCGCGCGGCGAGUGCCUUCCCGAUGGCCCGGAAGUGAUCGCGUCAGGGGUCAACAUGAGGGCCGUCCGCAAGCGCGUGGCGGUGGAGGGCGUGCAGGUGAUCUACUCCCGCGAUGCCGGCAGAUACAUCUGUGAUUACACCUAUUACCUGUCUUUGCAUCACGGAAAUGGGCGCGCGGCACUCAUCCACGUGCCGCCAUUAUCGUGUCGGCUGCCAGCGCCCGUGCUGGGCGAAGCCCUGCGGGUCCUCACCCAGGACAUGCUGGCGCAGAUGGGAAGGCCGAGCCCGAAGCCUGGAUCUCAGGAAGCUCAGCCUCUGGUGAUCCCCGCCCAGGGGAACCGACUGGGGGACUGCUCCUUUAGAGAAAAUUAA